CAACCCAGAAGUAGAAUGGUCUCAGGCGCUGAGCUUGACGCACGUCGAAGGCUGCUGCAGCCUGCAGAGGAGGGAGACGCUUUGUCUAUUUAAAGGGUCACCCUGCAAGCAGCAUAUAAUAACAAUAUAAUAACACGGAGCUCAGCAUUCGUCUCCCAAAUGCUCUGUCUUAUUCGACUCGGUGGACGUUAGUCCGGGCUGAAGAAGCUUUUUUCGCCUCUCUCCCUUUUCAUCGACGAGGCUUUGAAGUUAAAUGCAGAAAACGAUGGGCAAAGAUUAUUAUAAAACGCUGGGCAUCAGUAAAGGAGCCACAGAGGAGGACAUCAAGAAAGCGUACAGAAAGCAGGCGCUGAAAUGGCAUCCCGACAAGAACAAGUCUGCGGCCGCCGAGGAUAAAUUUAAGGAGAUCGCCGAGGCUUAUGAGGUCCUCAGCGACCCAAAGAAAAGGGACAUUUAUGAUCAACACGGAGAAGAAGGUCUCAAGGGAGGAAGUGGUCCUCCUGGUGACGGACAAGGCAACACCUUCACGUAUACCUUCCAUGGGGAUCCUCAUGCCACCUUUGCCACAUUCUUUGGGGGCUCAAACCCCUUUGAGAUGUUCUUUGGGCGCAAGCCCAAUGGGCGUGAUGACGAGGACAUGGAGGUGGAUGGAAACGAUCCCUUUGGCUCCUUCACCAGCUUCAAUCUGAACGGAUUGCCUCGGGAUGGACACGCCGGCCUGGGAGGACAGCAGCAGCAGCAGCCGCGGCGCAAGCAGGACCCUGCCAUCAUCCACGAACUGAGGGUCUCCCUGGAGGAGGUCUUCCACGGCUGCACCAAAAGGAUGAAGAUCUCUCGCAAAAGGCUCAACCCGGACAGCAGAACCAUGCGCACUGAGGACAAGAUCCUCACUAUUGAGAUCAAGCGCGGCUGGAAGGAAGGAACCAAGAUCACCUUCCCACGGGAGGGAGAUGAGUCGCCCAACACCAUCCCGGCUGACAUCGUUUUUGUCAUCAAGGACAAGCCCCACCCUCAUUUCAGGCGGGAAGGCUCCAACAUUGUGUAUCCUGUCCGUGUGAGCCUGCGACAGUCGCUGUGUGGAUGCUCGGUAACCGUGUCAACGAUAGACGGCAACACGUGCAACAUGAAGAUCACGGAUGUGGUCAAGCCUGGCAUGAGAAAGACUGUGGUGGGCCAAGGCCUGCCCUUCCCCAAAAACCCAGAGCAGAGAGGAGACCUGGUGGUUGAGUUUGAUGUGAACUUUCCCGAAACGUUGCCCGGCAACGCCAAGGAUGUCCUGAAGCGGCAUUUACCGGCAUAGAGCCAAGCAACGAGGUGCGGACGCCCACCUGGAUGGAUGUGCAAUAUCAGCACUCAUUUUGGGUGUUUUUAUAAAUUCAAUGCAUGCUGCCAAGACCUUGUACGUACACAGACCUCUUUUCCUUGCUGGUGUGGAAUCCUGGUGAAACCCAGAAAUGUGCCGUGCCAAACAACAAUCUCCUGCUUUCAUUAAGAUGUGACAGUCGUCAUUGCUGACCAGCUUUACUUUGGACUUAUGAACCAUCAUUUGGUUCCCCUGUGUGUGUGUGCGUAGUUUAGAAAUGACCUUGUAAAACUUGAAUUUGAAAAUAAAUAUUUCCAUAUUAACUGAUGAGGUAUUAUAAGCAUAUAUGAAUUAUGCCAGCUCCAAUGCACAAAGUUCAAUAAUGAAAUAACUGACUGUGCUUUUAAUUCAGACGAGUUAGCAGGCCACAGCUGCUGCCUUUCUGCUGCUAGCACUUACACUUACAGGACAGGGCUUACGAUUUACCACCAGGGGGCGCUAC